CCACCUUUUUGUGUUUCCCGCACCGUCAAUCAAAAUAGAAAAAAAUCGACCCGAAUUCACCGAUCAACACUAGCCCGCCUUUGAUAAAACAAUCAUGUUCGGAGUUUGGUAGAUCAGAUAACCCUCCCGCUCACGCUGCGACUGGUACGCAAACGUUUAGCGCAUCGAAGCGCGCGACUACUCGGUGAGUUUGUCCGGAAAACGGCGAAACGAGCCGCGGCUUUUUUAUCUUUUGCUCCGCCGCUAACUAGCUGGAUAUGGUUAGCUAGCCGAGCUAGCGGGCUAGCCACGGAGUUGACAAAGUAAACAGUCGAUCGGGGCCGACAUCGCCCCGGAAUCCGCGCUGCAAAGUUUCAUUUGGCAGCCGGCGCCCCUCGCAGCGGAGCGUGGGGAUGUUUUUCGGGCUUUUCUGUCCGCCAGGAGUUGACGAUUACAGAGUUUCGCCGAGUUCCCCCCUCUCCCCCUGCUAGCGCCAGAGCCGCCGCCGCCGAAACAAGGAGAAAUGGCGUCCGCGGACGUGGACAGCAGUCAAAGCGAGUUCCUGCAGCCCGGCGGCGCCGCGGAAACACAGACGACAGAUAUGUCAGCCAUCCAGCUGACGGGCCCCGACCGCUGGGAGGUGCUGACCCCCGUCUCGACCGGGAAGGAAGACCACGGCGUUGUCCACAUUCAAAACUCGGGGAUCGUCACGUCCAACGGGCAGUACAUGCUUCCGAUCGGGAGUCUUCCCAAUCAGCCCAUUUACGUUACGGCGUCUGGGAAUGAGGGUGCAGCCAAUGGCGUGUCAGGCAUUCAGUAUCAGGUCAUCCCCCAAAUCCAAAAUGCAGACGGGACCCUUGCGGGAUUCUCGACACAGGGCAUGGACGACGGCACAGGGCAGAUCCAUCUCCUCCAAGAUGGCAGCCAGGGCAGCAUCGUGACAUCAGCGACCUCAGACCUCCUGACGCAGGCGGGGCAGGUGCAGUCCAUCCAAGGCGUCUCGCUGGCUGGGGGGGGCACAUACGCCAGCACCGUGGGGCUCCCCGGCAACAUCACGUUCGUCCCCAUAAACAGUGUGGACCUGGAGUCACUAGGGCUCACGGGGGCGCAGACGGUCCCCAUCGCGACCAGCGUGACGCCCGAAGGCCAGCUGAUCAUGAGCAGCCAGGCGCUGGAGAGUCACGGCCAGGACGCCGGCGGCAAACAGUCGCUGGUGACGGUGAGCAGCGCCAACCAACAGCUCUACGUGUCGACCUCCACCACCACGUCCUCGUCCAUCUCGUCCCAUCUCCCUGAGACCAUCGACGGCACCGGGGUUCUGACCCAGGCGACCGCCGUGUCUGCAGGCGUGUCCGACCCCUCGUCCUCGGAGAACUUCAACUCCCACAACCACCUGCACCAAAUCCAGGUGUCAUCCGCUAACGCCACCACUAUGUCACAGCCCAUCCUGCACCUGUCCGGGGACGGUCAGGCCCAGGUAGCCCAGGUGGCUGCGGGUCAGGACCUGACCGGAGGGGGCCAGACUCUGCAGAGCGUGCAGCUGGUCAACCCGGGCACCUUCCUCAUCCAGGCCCAAACUGUGACGGCUACGGGACAGAUUCAGUGGCAGACCUUCCAGGUUCAGGGUGUCCAGUCACUCCAGGGGCUCCAGUUGCCCCAGGGCCAGGGUCAGGCCCAGCAGUUGACCCUAGCCCCGGUUCAGACCCUCCCUCUGGGCCAGGCAGGUCAAGUGAGCCUACCCAACCUCCAGACUGUCACAGUCAACUCGGUAACACAAGCUGGAAUUCAGUACACACACGGAGAGGAUGCGAACAGUCCAAUUGGCAUCCAGAUAAAAGAGGAGCCCGACUCUGAGGAGUGGCAGCUGAGCGGAGACUCCACGCUGAACCCCAGCGACCUGAACAACCUGCGCGUGCAGAUGGGCGACGACGACAUGGACACGACGGGCGGCGAGGGCAAGAGGCUCCGCAGGGUGGCCUGCACCUGCCCCAACUGCAAAGAGUCCGGAGGAAGGGGGUCGGGCAUGGGAAAGAAGAAGCAGCACAUCUGCCACAUUGUCGGCUGCGGGAAGGUUUACGGCAAGACGUCCCACCUCCGAGCUCACCUGCGCUGGCACAGCGGGGAGAGGCCGUUCGUCUGCAACUGGAUGUUCUGCGGGAAGAGGUUCACCAGGAGCGACGAGCUGCAGAGACACCGGAGGACACACACGGGAGAGAAGAAGUUCGUGUGCACCGAGUGCUCCAAGAGGUUCAUGCGGAGCGACCACCUGGCCAAGCACAUAAAGACUCACCAGAAUAAAAAAGGCGGGGUUCCCUCCUCCGCGUCCCCGCCCACCACCGACGCCGUCAUCACGGCCGACGGAACCACGCUCAUCCUGCAGACCGCCACAGCCCAUGACCUCGUAGCCAAUCAGGAGAUUCCUUUGCAGCUGGUCACUGUGGGUGAGGUUUUGGAAUGAGGGGGUGGAAACGGGGGCGAGGCGGCUUUUUGGAGAACUGGCCUGUCACAGGGACCUCAUGGGCUCUUCUCUACCCCUCUUACCUUUUCUUUUUUUCUUUGUUUUUUUUUUUUUACAUAUGAAUAUAUACGUAAAUAUAUAUGACAAAUAUAUAUAUUUUAAGUAAGAGUUAUCAUGACUUUAUGUUUGUUUUUUGCAGUCUUUUUAUAGGCGGGCAAAAAAAAACAUUAAAAUGUGGUUGCUAUGUACUAGCGUAAAAACACACGCGCGCGCACACAACACACACACCCAGAAAACACUCAAAAAAACCCACAACAUGAAUACUUAACACAAUGAAAUGCCUUAUUUUGUAUCAUACUCUUGUAUAAAAUGCUGGAGGUGCAUGUGUUUUUUUUUAUUUUUUAAAGCUUUGCAGAUGAUGUAACUGUUUUUGAAACGGAGAAGAUAAUGACGAGCAGGAGUUGUUGGAAGAGAGAGAAACUGAAAGUUAGUGAAACAUCUCUGGGAUUAUCGCGUCUCACAAAAGUGAGUUCUCUGUUUGAAGCAGCGCAAAAAAACAUCAGCUGAGCCGGUGCUGCAGCUGCCGCCGGGAGCAACUGCCUUUUGUUUUUAAAGAAAAAUAGUUUGACAUGUCGGGUAAUCUGCUUUUUUCGCUUUCUUGCCGAGAGUCGGAUGAGAGGAGCGAUACCAGUCUGGUGCCUGGUUCUGUCCAGAGACGACAAAAUCAACCUCUCAUUACCUCUAAAGCUCGUUAGUCAACAUCUUGUGUGUUUAACUCGUACAUAAAACAACAAUUGGAAGUUUUACGGAGGGUUAUGCUCCAGACUAUAGCGGAGGAUUGUUACUGCUCCCGGCAGAGAAUAGCCAGGUACAUAAUCCUCCCGUAAAAAUGGCAGCGGAACAUGGCGCAUGAACAUGACUGGGGUGAACUCCCACUCGUUCGACGCUAAUCAUCCAGAGAUCCUUCGUUUUUCUUCUCACACGAUCUGCAACAUUUGCAUUCUCACGUACAGCCCGUUUCUCGUCCGCCUCUCAGCAAGAAAGAAAAUGAGCACAUUUUCGUAAAAUGUCAAACUUCAGCUCUGCGGCAGCAGUCGCCCAAUCGGUGACACCGAUGGUUCAAACAGAGAAGCAGGUGCAGCCGACAGUCGGAGAGGGACGACCGUGCCACUGAUACUGAUCCGAUGUGGUUUUCCCACCUUGAGCAGAUGCAAGCCGCUCUGAAUAAAAAAAGGGCAACUUCUUCUAGCAUCCGGUCAGUGUGAAACAGAAUGUCUCAUCUGUCCUCACGAGCGCGCCGUCCGCUGUGCUUGUCCACACGUAAACAUGUCUUUGUUUUCUCUUUUCUUUUCCUUUUGCAUAUUUUUGUUGUAAAUUUUGCAUUGUGUGUCAAGUUAUUAUUAUUUUUUUCUUCUUCGUGUUGCUUCGCCAAUGUGGGUGUCGUCUGAAUCAAAGCCACGCGACGGCGAUCACAGAUUAUGAAGUUGUCGAGCGGUUGCCUCCGAAUAUCCUGCAGGGCUUCUCGUUGCCACGGUCACCUGCACGUUGGCGACGGGAGGAGAACAUGUACUGGUGUUGCCAUGUGAAGAAGACGGAUGCAAAAAACGAAUCAAUGAGCCCUGGAGGGUGUGUUAUUAUAAUUUUUUUUGUCAUCGAACAUUCCAGUUGGAUACCAGAUGAUGUGGAAUUAAUUUUCUGGCCAGAUGUCACUCAAAAGGAAAACAAUCAUGCCAUUGUUAUGUUUAUUUUUUCAUUUUUUCAUAAAUUUUAUUUGAUGUAAUCCCUUCCUCUGUUUGUCAUCAUGUCUGUAGCAUUCAUUUACGUGUAUAUUAUCUUAUUUUCACAUUGUCUAUAGAAGCCAUUACUUUAGUUAACUGAAUUUGAUGAUGUAUCGAAAAACCUUAUUUUAAGUGAUUUUUUUAAAGAAUUGGUGUAAAAAUUGAAUGUUACCUUUUGUAAAACAUUUUUUUCAAAUGGAUCACAAUAAAAGUCUGAAACCUUGA